GCACCGUGGCUGAAAACUUGGAAAAAUGGAAAAAGUAGCAGGCGUAAAGACUUUAUCCGCGCAUCCGCUGGCAAGAUAAGGAACAACAGCGACGGAUCUGCGUGUUUUCUCCCCGCAGCGGGUUUUACGUUGACAAAAAUGUCGAAGGAGGAAAAAAUGCAGAUUUUCUCGCAAUUCCAUUGAAAGUAAAUUUACUCAUGGAGAAAGGAGCCAGUCGGGAGUCAUGAGCGCAGGUGCAAAGAAGCCUCCAUUAGCUCCCAAACCUAAACUCCCCACCGCCAUCAAACCUUCACCCCCGCCUAUCGCCCCCAAGCCCGGAGUUAUUUCUCAGUCUUCAGUGGUCUCCCAACCUUCCCCUUCAACCCUCAAGAGGGCAAAACCGGCUGUCGCCCCCAAACCAUGCAUCCCCAAAUCCGCCGCCUCCUCUCCCCCCGUUUCACCCCCGCCACCACCCAAGCCUGCUGAAGUGCUUAUCCCAUCUCAGGAGCAGCAGGGGGCUUUAGAUGAUGGCCUCAAUCUUCUCAACUCCAAAAACGGGAUAUUAUCAGAGGGUAACAGACGUGAUUCGGAUUACAUCAUUCCCACUUGCUCCUGUGAGCUCCGGGACUGCACCCAGUGUCAGCCUCUGGAAAAUGGGAACGCAUCUGAUGCUGGAGAGCAUUCACACAAAGAGCUGUUGCAGAAUGGGGUUCUUACAGAGGGGUUCAUGGGGUCGAAGCCACAGGAGGGAGGAGAAAAUCGAGGGGAGGGAAUACCUGCAGAUAAGGGUGAAGGUGGACGGAUUAGCAAAAAGCCCAGGGGUAAACCUCAGAGACAGAAACACCUUGAUAGGGCAUCGGUAAACAAGGAGCUGCAGAGGACUGAGGAGCAGGAGGCUAGUUUAAAAAAUCAGGAAAGUCCUCCUGCUGAGCCUGAUGUAUCUAAAGUACCAACAGAGGCCCAUAACAUAGACUUAAAGUCAGCCAGUGAUGUUGUAGGUGACAUCAUUGUUUUCUCAAGUGUCACUCUCCUUGACUCACCUGCAGAGCGCAUUGAAAGCAGCAAUCCUAUCAGCAAAGCAUCUCCUACUAGGUCACGCCCUGACCUGCAGGUACCUGCUGCUCCCAGUAAGCCUCUCCCUAUCCCUCAGCCUCGUAAACUUAAAAAGCCAGCCUUGGUGAGGCAGGAUGGUUUGGAGGGCAGUGCCCAGGAUCAGUUUGUGGAGGAGCAAAAACAAAGGACUGAGACGAAGGAAGCUGAGUGGAAGCUAGCUGGUCUGUCUCUCAGUUCAGAGAGCGAGGAGCUCAAACAGGACUCGUGUGGUGACCGUUUACCCCGAAAAGACUCAGGCUUAGAAGACGAUGAGGCCAGCGCGCCGGUCCCACCUCCUCGACAAACCUCUCUGUCACCUCAUCUCCACAGAGCAGUCCACAUGCGCCCCAGUCUUAACAAAAACAACUCCCACUCCUUAGACCUGCUCUCACACCCUGGCUCUGUGAGCCACAGUAAAGAGAGCGAUGAGCACCGGGUGGAGGAGGAUGAGGAGGACGGGUACGGCGACUUUGAGCGGUACCCGAUCAGUCACAGCCUCCCUAAACAGAUCAAAAUCACCUGUCACCUUCCUCUGGCUAACGACAGGAAAGCCCUCUCCGCUGAGGAGCAACAGUCGCCGAGGGCGCCGCCAAGAAAACCACAAAGACACAGCCUCCCUGCACCUCCUCCGCCCUCCAUCUGCCCUCCUGCACCUCCACAUGCUAACACCCCAAUGAGAGACCUGCCCGCCCCUCCUCAGGAGAAAACAAGCUGGCGCUUCUCCCGACCCUAUGUGACCUUUUUCAGCCGACAGAUGCCCACUAGGAGCAGCGUGCCACCAAAGAGCCGAGCCCCAGUGCUGGGGGGGAAGCAGAGGGCGCAGUCCUUCUCUGCAGCUGACCUGGCAACCCGGGCCAACUCUCCAAAGAGGAGCCUCUCUUUCCGGAAGCUGCUGGAACUCCGGCUGUCAGUGAAGAUGCUGCCAAAGCUGCUUGCCAAGGGAGGGCAGUCCCUGGACUGCACCAGUGUUGAGUCAAACCGGGGGAAGAGGAGCCUGGAGAGGCCCAAUAGCUGCAUAGGGGAGGCUGAUUUUUGUGGAGAAGGAGUAGAGGGAUCAGCGGAGUACGAGAACGUCCCACUGUAUGAGGAAAUCCCAGAGUACAUGAACCUGCCGUUUCACAGUGCCAGGCUGGGCUGGCCUCAUGACCCAGAUGCAGCCGAUGCAGACAUCUAUGAGGUGCAGGAUCCAUACCAUAGAUGUCAGGAACAUGAGUAUGAGAGCGGCUGCCUCAUCCAGGACGUCCACUCUGAGGAGGAGGAGAUCCACAGCUCAGAUGAAGAGGACAACAGCUCCACCUCCAGCAAGGAGCACCUGGACGAGGCAGACAGACAGCAAGAGGAUGAGGUGAAGAGGAAGAAGGUGGUGCACAUCGCCCAGGAGAUCAUGAGCUCAGAGAAAGUGUUUGUGGACGUCCUGAAGCUUCUUCACAUAGACUUUCGGGAUGCUGUUGCCAAGGCAACCCGUCAAAAUGGGAAGCCGGUGGUGGACGAGCGAAUCCUCUGUCAGAUCCUGUACUACCUGCCUCAGCUGUACCAGCUCAACAAAGACCUGCUGAGAGAGCUGGAGGACCGAGUGGCACACUGGAGCGACCACCAGAGACUGUCGGACAUUUUCGUGCAGAAGGGUCCUUACCUGAAGAUGUACUCCACCUACAUCCGCCAGUUUGACAACAACGUGGCUCUGUUGGACGAGCAGUGCAGGAAAAACCCCGCGUUUGCAGCCGUCGUCCGAGAGUUUGAGAUGAGCCCGAGAUGUGCCAGUCUGGCUCUGAAACACUACCUGCUGAAACCAGUGCAGAGGAUCCCUCAGUACCAGCUGCUGCUCACAGAUUAUCUGAAGAACCUUCCAGAGGACUCUGAAGAUUACAAAGACACACAAGCUGCCCUCAGCAUCGUGAAGGAAGUGGCCAACCACGCGAACGACAUCAUGAAACAAGGGGAUAACUUUCAGAAGCUGAUGCAGAUUCAGUACAGCCUCAACGGGCACCAUGAGAUCGUCCAGCCGGGCAGGGUGUUUCUGAAGGAGGGCACUCUGAUGAAGCUGUCCAGGAAAGUCAUGCAGCCACGGAUGUUUUUCCUGUUUAAUGACGCUCUCAUGUACACCACUCCAGUCCAGUCUGCCCAGUAUAAACUCAACAGUGUCCUCUCGCUGGCUGGGAUGAAGGUGAGUAAGCCCAGCCAGGAGGCCUAUCAGAACGAGCUGAACAUCGAAAGCGUCGAGCGCUCUUUCAUCCUGUCUGCAAGCUCAGCUACCGAGAGAGACGAGUGGCUGGAGGCCAUCGCCAAAGCCAUAGACGACUACACAAAGAAGAAAAUCACCUUCAUAUCGAGUCGAAGUCAGGAGGAGGCGGAGGGCGUUGUUGACAGCGGGGCCCCAUUAGGUUCAAAGGCUCCCAUCUGGAUCCCGGACCUGAGGGCCACCAUGUGCAUGAUCUGCACCUGCGAGUUCACCCUCACUUGGAGGAGGCACCACUGUCGCGCCUGUGGAAAGGUGGUGUGUCAGGCGUGCUCCACCAACAAAUACUACCUGGAGUACUUAAAGAAUCAACCAGCUCGCGUGUGUGAUCACUGCUUUGCAAAGCUGCAGGAGAACAGUGACCGCUGUGCUUCGACAUCAAUUUCUCCCAUCAAAUCUGGAGCUUUCUCCUUCACCAGAAAACAGAAGAAGAUUCCUGCUGCACUGAAAGAGGUGUCUGCCAACACAGAGAACUCCUCCAUGAGCGGCUAUCUAAACAGGUCAAAAGGCAACAAGAAGCAGUGGAAGAGGCUGUGGUUUGUCAUAAAGAAUAAAGUCCUGUACACCUACGCUGCCAGCGAGGAUGUGGCGGCGUUGGAGAGCCAACCUUUGCUGGGCUUCUUCCUGAGAGAGGAGAAGAACGGGCCAGCUCAGAAGCUGCAGUUUAAGCUGUAUCACAAAAACACACUGUUUUACAUCUUCAAAGCUGACGACAUCCCCACAGCGCAGAGAUGGAUCGAAGCCUUUCAGGAGGCGAUGAUUCUGGAACAGUAAUCCCCCUUUGUUGGCAGUGAAGUUAUGUCAGACCUGGAGCCAGUUGAUAGACAACUUACGACCCCUGAUUGAUCACAGGUCAGGGGUCAUCAGCUCAGGAAGGACUCCAGGUGGACUGUCUCCCUUAAACAGAUCGUCCCUUAAACUCUACAUGGAAACCAGAACCCUUUGCCCUCCAAGAACUGGAUCCUGUUUCUCUAAACCUAUUUUCAGCUUCUGAUGCUCAGCAGUGCAAAGAGCGAGUCGCAGCUGUGGGUUAAAGGUCAAGUCCAGAAGCAUGUUGCGUGGAAGUGAGACCAAACAGUUGACCGUGCUUUUUAAAGCCCUCGGGAAUCCUUGGAAGUCUGAAGUCUGGGAAUAAUUUUCAAAUGCUGUCAGGUGAAGGAAUACGUGAGAGACAGACUAUAUACUUCAUACUGGCUGCACACAAAUAACAAAAUACCAGUCAUGAGUGCAAAGUAUCACUAAUUUCUGUUGAGAGUUUAAUCAUGUAACAGGGUGGGCUUUUACUGUGAAAAUCAGGCUUUAACACGGAAACAGGAAGUGGACAUUCUGCUCUGUAGGUUCAUCUCUCUGGUUUAGAGAUUUUUAGAAACGCAUCACAAAACAUCCUGGAGACAACUGGAAGUGUCACAAAUAUUAUUGUAGAUAUUUUUAAAUACAACGUGCAUUUUUGCCUGUUGAGCCACAUUAGAAGUGGUGACAGAGUAAUACUGUACAUUAAAGAGCAAUGCUGACAUUUUUUAUUAAGCCAAGAGCUAAUAUUUAUAAAAUAGGAAGAUUUAUUGUUUAAAAAAGCGCAGGCUGCCUUUAACUUUGGGAGUCAGGGUUUGUUUGGAGGUAUUUUCCAUUCAAAGUCAAUUUAUUUUUAAUACAUGGGGCUUUUUUUUAUGAGCAAACACUGUGGGAAAUAAACAUGAACUAUAUAUUUCUAAGGAAAUACUUAUUUUGAAUUUAACAUUUUGCCUCUGCAGACUUUGUGUUUUCUGUAUCAUCCUGUUUGCGAUAGUAUGCAGUAAUGCAGAUUCAAAUUCUUUGCAGUGUAGGAUGACUUUAAGCAUCCAGGUUGCAUGUCUGCUCACUUUCCCACCAGGCAACUCGGCCUCUUUAUUUCCAUAAACAACAGUUUUUCCAUUUUUUAAAAAUUAACUUACCACGUUGCAGUUUUCUCAGUGUGUUGAACUCACAUUUAGAGAAACUCAAAAAUAUAAACUUUUUAUUUUUAUUUUAGUAAAGGAAUAAAACAGGUGAGAGUGUCAUCAGAGCUCUGAGCCGACUCUUGUUGCACAUCUUGUUUCAGAUUUGCUUUAUAAGGAUGAAUCUGCAGCAGGCUUGUGUGAAGCUGCACGUCAGGAGCUUGUACAAUAACAUUUGUAAACACCCACUCCAUCUGCUUUAGAGUCUCUUAUAAACAAUUCUAAACUG